GUGAUGCUGGACCUAUCAGGGCGUUGCUAACAGACAGCCUAUUACAGUAUUUAAUAAAAACAGAAGCAGAGUGCCUAUCAUAGGCUAAUAAAUCCUGCCUCUAGCAGCUUUCAAAACAGAAUGAAGCCGCUUCCACGGAGCUCCUGACAACUAAUUUUAAGCAUGGCUGUCUAGCGUGCCUGUCACUCCGAUAGUCCUUCUAAAAACUCUCUCAGACAUUUUGAGCAGGGAGUGCAAAGAUAUGAGUUAGCCAGGCUUGGGACAUCAAUGGUCCACAAAGCCUCUGGGCACUGGAGGUAAUGAUGACUUAUCCGCGGCUCUUUGGAGGACUGCACUGAAUCGUUAAAAAAAAAAAAAAAAAUUAAGCUUGGCUUUUGAGGAAGAUGUGACAACUACCCGAGAGCCCAUCUGCUCCAUUUAAACCCAAACUAUAAUAUUAACCAUCUCUUUCACUAGACUAAAGAGCUUUUUUAUUGUCCAUACCAUGACCACCAUGCAUCAAAGGUCUUUCUGCCACUCCUCCAGGACUUCCACCAUAAGGGACAGAGCCUCUGAACCAGCAUCCUCUAAGAUGUUCAUAUGGACCAGUGGCCGACCCUCUUCAUCUUACAGACAUGAUGAGAAAAGAAAUAUCUACCAAAAAAUCAGGGACCACGACCUCCUGGACAAAAGGAAAACUGUGACAGCGUUAAAGGCUGGCGAGGACCGGGCCAUUCUGCUGGGGUUGGCCAUGAUGGUGUGUUCCAUCAUGAUGUACUUUCUGCUGGGGAUCACCCUCCUGCGUUCUUACCUGCAGAGUGUGUGGACCGAAGAGUCUCAGUGCACCCUGCUGAAUGUGUCCAUCACUGAGACAUUCAAUUGCUCCUUCAGCUGUGGUCCAGACUGCUGGAAGCUCUCUCAGUACCCCUGCCUCCAGGUGUACGUGAACCUGACUUCCUCCGGGGAAAAGCUUCUCCUCUACCACACUGAAGAGACCAUGAAGAUCAAUCAGAAGUGCUCCUAUAUUCCUAAAUGUGGGAAAAACUUGGAAGAAUCCAUGUCCCUGGUGAACGUCGUCAUGGAAAACUUCAGGAAAUACCAACACUUCACCUGCUACGCUGACCCGGAAGGAAACCAGAAGAGUGUCAUCCUGACCAAACUGUACAGCUCCAACGUGUUGUUCCAUUCACUCUUCUGGCCCACGUGUAUGAUGGCGGGGGGAGUGGCCAUCAUCGCCAUGGUGAAACUCACUCAGUACCUCUCCCUGCUCUGCGAGAGAAUCCAACGGAUCAAUAGAUAAAAGACAAACCGUGGAUAUGAUAGUUUUCUUUAAAGCUCAAAUACUGUUUUCUUUCAUUCUUCACCAAAGAACCUUACGUUUGUAAUGUGCAGUCUGAGUUCCUUAAUAUAUUAUUCUAUGUAGAGCAAUAAUGCAAAAGCUGUUCUAUAUGCAAACACGGCGUCUUUGUUAUUCAGGAGAAGAGGUGACCAUCCUGUGUUGGUUGUUUGCAUACUCUUGUGUUGAUGCCAGAGCUAGAUGCCCUGCCCUCCUUCCACCAAAACAAGGCUGAGCUCUUCAUUUGCUAAGUUUGUGGAGGAGUGUAGACGUGAACCACAUCCACAUGAUAAGGUCUGUGUUCCUGGUUCUCAGACCUCUUGAACAUGAGAUUUUUCUUCAUUUGUUGUUUACUAAAGCUACAGCCAAAAAGAUUUUGUUAUUGUUGUUUUUCAUUUUACAUUGAGCCCUGUAGCAAGUAAAGAGUCCAUGUCUCUGAAUUAAAGGGUGGUAAGCAUUUUCCUUGUAUUUUUACCAUAUCACUGUCAUGAAGAGGGGAAAUCUAGCCAGCUAGUUUUCUUCCAUUACUUUUUAUUCACAACUUUGCAUAUUUUAGAUGGUUUUUUUUUAAAAAAAAAAGAUAUUUUCAUUAGCUAAUUCUAGGAUCUCUUCCUAUGAUUUAAAUAGGAAAUGACUAGAGCCCUUUUUCCAUUUAAGACCCUGCUACUGUGUGAAGAGGUGAGGCUGGUGAAGAGCUCUAUCCUGUGAACUGACUGGAUGUUGGUAGCUGUUCCCGCUCAGUCAGGAGAGCCUAUGUUGCUAAAAUGUCUAUGUGAAAAUUUUUUAUCUCAUCUCAUCUUAAAUGGUAGACAGUAAAACUUGAGAUAUUAUUGCUUGCUGUUGAAGACUGGUGAACUGGUUUCAAUGGGUAACUCUAGCAGUAGAUGAACGUGUUGAGAUAUCUCUCUUUGACAACUCACAUUAACGAAUGUGUGAUCUCUCCUCUGACAGUAGUUCCCUAUUGGGAUUUUAAAGCUAUGUAUUCAGACUAUUUGACUCUUCUACAUGUUUUAUUUUUCUAUUUAUAAUGCCCUUUUUUGUUGUUAUAUUUUAUAUGCAAUAUACCUUUUUCCUAGCACACAUUUGAACUGAAUAACAGAUUUAAAGAAAGCCUUUCUUCACAUUGCUAUUUACUUAUUAUAUUUGGGGGGA